AAACCGAUCUCCAGGACAAUCCGACACGCAAGUGCUAAUCUGCGGUCCGCUUUAACCCGGACGCUAGGGCUGCGGUGCCGGCCCCGCGGAGGCGUGUGUGAGGGGCCGCCCAGCCCUGCCUGGCAACAGCUCGGCCCCGGAGCGCGCGGGCCGGGCGCACGGUCGCCGGCACGUUUCUUCCCCGCCCCGCGCUGUCCCUCCCCGCGUCCUGCUGCCCCGGUAGAGCCCUCUGUCCUUUUCGGCGACCUGCCCGGGCCCCGCCGACCGCGGUCCGCGGCGCAGACCCGUGGAGUCCGCCGCUCUGGGACUCGGCCAGGCCCGGGGGGCGGUGCCGUCACCCGCCCGGGGCCCAGCCAGCUCGGGCCCUCCCGGGAGAGCGCCUGGCUUCUUUCUCCCUUAAAGGGCCGGUCAGAGAAGGGAAGGGGCUUGUGCGAAGACUGCUGGGGUUCCUCGGUUCCAGGAGGAGCGAGCGGCUCGGGGCUGCGGAGGACAGAUUAGCUCCGUGUCCCCGGUGCUCUACGGGGCUUUAAGAUAAAAGAAUUGGUGUGUUCGGAGCAGAUAAAAGGUGGUUUGUUGCGGGGGUGUUUUGAGUUUUAUUUAAACUCUUAGGCUGCUCAAGUUUGAAAACGUGUAUUUGUAUGAAUUGCCUGAUAUUGAAUGCUGUUUCUUUUCGGGGACUAAAAAUAAGUCUUCUGACUGUGCUGGCGGGGCUGGGCUGUUCGUGAGGUGGACUGUCCCCGGCUGCUUCUGUGUGUGUGACCUCGUCUGAGGGCCGUGCUUGAAGUUUGGGUCUCGAGAGGGCCCGAAGCCGUGGCUGCGGCAAACUGGGCUGGGCUCCGGACCUUCCGCGGCGCUGCCAGUGGGGCGUCGGAUGACGUCCUGUCCGGGGCGCUUGACCCCGGCGCGCACUCUUGCAGCCGGGCUUUCGGCCCUGGCUGGCAACCCAGCCGACAACCAAGUGGAGUCGGGAUGUAAGAGUGCCCCGCUCUCCCCUGCCUCCCCAGGGUCUCCGGUCUUCUGCCCUUUUUAGUCACAUGUCCAGGUUUCUCCCUGGGUCCAGAGGAGAACAGACACAGCCCCGCCCAGUCUAUUUCUAGGAGGUGGGUUUGGUGAAUAAAAAGGUCAAGUGGUCGGGUCUGCGAGCUGGCUCAUGGCGAGGGGGGACAAGACCGACACCUGGCAAGAAUCGCCACGCCUGUCCCCCCAACCCUGGCCAGUCCGCCCGCCCACGGCUGGCCUCCCCAGGCCACAUUCUUGCGUUAAGUGCGAGAGGCUGUGGGAAAGGCAAUCCCGAACCGGCCAAGAGCCGGCGAAGCUGAUCCCGCGAUGGCAUUUUGUUUUGAACAGUUGCUGGGGUUGACGUUUCCUCAUAAGGUUACUUUCAUGAAUUCAAAGGCAAUUUACCAGUGAUUUCUGGGUGCUGGGGCCGAUUUUUUGCGUCUUUAAGAAUGUCUUCCAAACAAGCCACCUCUCCAUUUGCCUGUGCAGCUGAUGGAGAGGAAGCGAUAACCCAGGAUUUGACCUCCAGGGAAAAGGAAGAGGGCGGUGAUCAACAUGUGGCCUCCCACCUGUCUCUGCACCCCAUAAUGCACAACAAACCUCACUCUGAGGAGCUCCCAACACUUGUCAGUACCAUUCAACAGGAUGCGGACUGGGAUAGCGUUCUGUCGUCUCAGCAAAGAAUGGAGUCAGAGAAUAAUAAGUUAUGUUCCCUAUAUUCCUUCCGAAAUACCUCUACCUCACCACAUAAGCCUGACGAAGGGAGUCGGGACCGCGAGAUAAUGACCAGUGUUACUUUUGGAACCCCAGAACGCCGCAAAGGGAGCCUUGCUGAUGUGGUGGACACACUGAAGCAGAAGAAGCUUGAGGAAAUGACUCGCACUGAACAAGAGGAUUCCUCCUGCAUGGAAAAAUUACUUUCAAAAGAUUGGAAGGAAAAAAUGGAAAGACUAAAUACCAGUGAACUUCUUGGAGAAAUUAAAGGUACACCUGAGAGCCUGGCGGAAAAAGAACGGCAGCUCUCUACCAUGAUUACCCAGCUGAUCAGUUUACGGGAGCAGCUCCUGGCAGCCCAUGACGAGCAGAAAAAACUGGCAGCUUCACAAAUUGAGAAACAACGGCAGCAAAUGGACCUUGCUCGCCAACAGCAAGAACAGAUUGCAAGACAACAGCAGCAACUUCUUCAACAGCAGCACAAAAUCAAUCUCCUGCAGCAGCAGAUCCAGCAGGUUCAGGGUCACAUGCCUCCGCUCAUGAUCCCAAUUUUUCCACAUGACCAGCGGACCCUGGCAGCAGCUGCAGCUGCCCAGCAGGGAUUUCUCUUCCCCCCUGGAAUAACAUACAAACCAGGUGAUAACUACCCGGUACAGUUCAUUUCAUCAACAAUGGCAGCUGCUGCUACUUCUGGACUCAGCCCUUUACAGCUCCAGAAGGGUCAUGUCUCCCACCCACAAAUUAACCCAAGGCUAAAGGGCCUCAGUGGCCGUUUUGGCAGGAGUUUGGACACCUUUGAGCAUGGCGGUGGCCACUCUUACAACCACAAACAGAUUGAGCAGCUCUAUGCCGCUCAGCUGGCCAGCAUGCAGGUGUCACCUGGAGCAAAGAUGCCGUCGACUCCACAGCCACCAAACACCACGGGGGCAGUCUCACCUACUGGGAUAAAAAAUGAAAAGAGAGGGACCAGCCCUGUAACUCAAGUUAAGGAUGAAGCAGCAGCGCAGCCACUGAAUCUCUCAUCCCGACCCAAGACAGCUGAACCUGUAAAGUCCCCAACUUCUCCCACCCAGAGCCUUUUCCCAGUGAGCAAAACGAGCCCUGUCACUCUGCCUACCAAGGGCAGCAUCCCCAGCCCCAUUGGAGGAAGCUUGGCAAGAGGAUCCUCUUUAGAUAUCCUGUCCAGUCUCAACUCCCCUGCCCUGUUUGGGGAUCAGGAUACAGUGAUGAAAGCCAUUCAGGAGGCUCGGAAGAUGCGAGAGCAGAUCCAGCGGGAGCAGCAACAGCCACAUGGUGUGGAUGGGAAACUGUCCUCCAUGAAUAAUAUGGGGCUGAACAACUGCAGGAGUGAAAAGGAAAGAACGCGCUUUGAAAAUCUGGGGCCCCAGUUAACAGGAAAGUCAAAUGAAGAUGGAAAGCUGGGCCCAGGUGUCAUUGACCUUACUCGGCCAGAAGAUGCAGAGGGAAGUAAAGCAAUGAAUGGCUCUGCAGCUAAACUACAGCAGUAUUAUUGUUGGCCAACAGGAGGUGCCACUGUGGCUGAAGCACGAGUCUACAGGGAUGCCCGCAGCCGGGCCAGCAGCGAGCCCCACAUCAAGCGACCAAUGAAUGCAUUCAUGGUUUGGGCGAAGGAUGAGAGGAGGAAAAUCCUUCAGGCCUUCCCCGACAUGCAUAACUCCAACAUUAGCAAAAUCUUAGGGUCUCGCUGGAAAUCCAUGUCCAACCAAGAGAAGCAACCUUAUUAUGAAGAGCAGGCCCGGCUAAGCAAGAUCCACUUAGAGAAGUACCCAAACUAUAAAUACAAGCCUCGACCGAAACGCACCUGCAUUGUUGACGGCAAAAAGCUCCGGAUCGGGGAGUAUAAGCAGCUGAUGCGGUCUCGGAGGCAGGAGAUGAGGCAGUUCUUUACUGUGGGGCAGCAGCCUCAGAUUCCAAUCACCACAGGAACAGGUGUUGUGUAUCCCGGUGCUAUUACUAUGGCAACUACCACGCCCUCACCUCAGAUGACGUCUGACUGCUCUAGCACCUCAGCCAGCCCGGAGCCCGGCCUCCCGGUCAUCCAGAGCACUUACGGCAUGAAGACGGACGGCGGGGGUCUAGCGGCCAGUGAGAUGAUUAACGGAGAGGAUGAAAUGGAGAUGUACGACGACUAUGAAGACGAUCCCAAAUCAGACUAUAGCAGUGAAAAUGAAGCCCCCGAAGCCGUCAGUGCCAACUGAGGAGUGCUUGUUUGCCGAAUUGAAAUACUCUGACAUUUCACCUCCCCUCCCCCCACAACAAGUUCUUAAAGAGCCCGCAUGCAUUUGUGGCUCCACAAUUACAUCAGCAGAAUGGUCUUAAUUGUUCCGUAAUGUGUGAGACAGAUUAAGUUUUCCCUGAUUUUUCAUGAACUUGAGUUUUUUUUUGUCGUUAUUGUUGUUGUUGUUGUUGUUUUUUAAAUUUAGGUGAAGACAUAUUAAAUAUGAGACACCAGGACUUGAAAACGUAUCUCAACCCAUAGCUGUCGUACAAGUCUUAUAUUUUUGUCUUACUUUUUUUUUUCUUUUGGAUGUUGAUAAAGGUUUAAGUUACUGUUUUAGAUGGGGUUAAACAUUCUCACUCAGGUAUGCUGUGCCAGCCUACAGGUUGUGAAUGUGUUUUUAUUCUGAAUUAUUUUAGAAAACAACUGAGAAUUUCAUAUUGUGAAACAGAACAAGUCCACAGCGUGUGCAGCUGCAUGUAGAGCAUAUUCAAAAGGCCUCGGAAUUCCAUUUUUUCAUGUGCAGAGUUAAACUUUGAAUGUGCCAAACUUUUUCAUAACUUUUGAAUCUUAAUAUUUUGAAAGUCUUAAAGGAGAUACUGCAAAGUCUUAGACAAUCUUUGGCAUCUUAAAAUAAAAUAGCAAACCACACUUUUUUUUUUUCCAGAAAAUGGUGAAGUACUCAGGAAUCUGGAGACAAGAUAUUGUAAGGAAUGAACAAGGUUGCCACAGUGCAUGUACCCAAUCGUGUUUGCCUCUUGACGUGCCAUCAGUGCGUGACGUGGCAUGAUGUCCGCACGCCAGAGCGAUCAUCCCACCAGAUACUGACAGCGUGGUCUUCUCUGCCUGAGACCACCUCUCACUACAUCCAUUAUCCCUUUGCCUUUAACCCUGACAUUCAGUCUUAACACAUUUUCUCUUAAAUAAUUUAUUCAUUCCAGAAUGUCAAGGGUCCACUUACUAUUUAUUAAAAAAAAUUGUUGGUGGCAUUAAUUUAAUAAUUCUUGUUUUUACCCUCCUUCCCUGAAGAACUUCUCAGCCCUUUUUACCUCCUUCUCCUGCUAGAUACAAAAGAUGUACAUAGUGAUUUUAUGUCCCCAGAGCAUCUGGAAGCAUUUCUGAAACAAGAUACUAUCAAAUAACUAUAUCGUUUUUAAACAUGAGUAUAUACCUGGCUGUGGGGCUGUGUAUUUGGAUACAAGUGUAGAGUCUUACGUUUCAACAAGUAUGUCCCUGAAGUUUGCUAGAACCUUGAAUCUCUUGCCAGAAUCUCACCUAAUUCAGUUCAGCAACAAGUGGUAGGAGCUGCACUGGUGACAUUUCCCCUGAAUGCCACUCAGCAGCAAGGGUCAAUAAUGGUGACUGCCAGGUAGGACAGUCCCACAGCCAAACCUGAAGCCCAGGGCUGCGGGCCAUGCAGGAGGCCCUCAUAGGCAGGCACCUUCUAGGGAGCCGUGGCAUCUGGCACACCUAGGGAGUUCUUUGCAAAAAUCCCCAGGAUGCAAGAAGCUACAUGACAGCCUCAAAGCAAAGAUAGAGGCAAAUAGUCAUGACACAUUCAUAGAACGAGAGAAAAUCAUAGGGGAGGAGAAGGAGGGGAAAUACAUUCCCUCUAUGGGAUGUUCCUACUGUUAACUCGGGGGAGCAGAUCACUCCUGGGGCAGCAGAUGAGUUCCUCUGGCUCACUCCCUCUCUCUGUGGCCACAUGGGAGGCAUGCCUACCUGUGAACAAGAUCAACUGCACUUGUCACACAAAGAUUUCCCUGGGGAUGUGCUGAUGGGCUGGAGGCAGUGAGGUUUCAUUCCCCAUCUCCUAACUACAGGUAGCUUGGUGAUGCCAUUUUGACCUUCCUGAAACCAGGACUGAUUGCCUAUGGCAGGGGCCUCCUCAAGAGUGGUUCAAUGGGAGAAUGUCAGCUAAUGAGACAGUUAAACUCUCGGGACAACCCAGAAUCUGGUCACCAGGACAUAGGAACGACCCCAUCAGGUUUCUUGAGCCAUUUUGUCACUUGGAAGAAAAUAGCAUACCUUCAUAUUUAUCUAAAGAGUGCUCAAGGUCAUACCUAAUAGCAAUAAGUAGGUCUAGCCAAGAUAUUAUUGGCUAUGUCAUUAGCUGGGAGUGCUCUCUGUAAGCUGAACAAGGUACUGAUAGGAAUGUUUUGGUCUUAAUAUUGGUUGGGGAUUGGAACUUUGUUUUUGUACAUUUAUGUCAAAUGAGGAGGAGGUCAUUUUUCUCAAAAAUUGAGUAUUUAUUAUUGUUUUACUGAUUUUCUUUUGAUUAUAUACCUCUCCUCCUCACUUCAUUUUCAUGCUCUUUCUCUUCCUUGUGUUUCUGCUGUUCCCUCUCCCACUCCUUUUUUAUUCUGUUGCAUAGGUAGAGUGCUGUAUGGCUAGCAUUGUAUUGUACGUAAUUAAUUUUGCACAAAGGCAAACAUUUAGAAUAGCAGGUUAAUUUUGUUUGUUUUUAUGACCAUGCCU